GUUUUUCCUGACUCCUUGCUUCAUAUUGCAUCACGUUAGUUAAUAGCUUUUAAUAUUGUUUGAAGAAUGGAAUUAGGUAGAAAAUUCUUUUUAUAUAAUUACCAAUUUUAAUUGAUAAGUGAUGGGACGAAAUCAUUAUUUAGGAAUAACGAAAAUAAAAGCAGUACACUAUAUAUGAACAGAAAUAAAUAGUAUCUGUAUAUUUUAGAUGCAUUAAGAAAUAACAUAGUGCACUAUUCGUGUACUACAAAGAACAAAAAAAGACCUCUGGAUACAACAAAUUCAUCCGAUUUUUCUCAACUCACUAAUUUCACAAAAGAAUGUUGGAUUGACUGACGAACGUGACAGCGAUACGCUUGGAAUGGAAUUAUUAUGAGCAAUGUACCGUAACGAUCGUCCUUAUCGGGAUUGAUAAGCUUAUUUUAACUCCG